GCUAUCCGAGAGUCAUGUCACGGCUUGGGGGGAUGAUGAGGGCUACGCGUCCGAAAAAACUCACCCCCAAGCAGCCGAUACCAAUAUUUCGAGAGGAUCAGAUUGACCUUACCGAAGAUGAUCCGCAAACUACACUACAGGCUAUCGAAACCGGCGUUGAGAAAGCUGAAGAAACUGAAUUCCAUUUGCAAGCUGCAAUAAAUGCCACCGCGUUUGGAAAUGCUGCCCAGACACAUAUCCCGACACCAGAAACCGUCCAGAGCUCGGUCCAAUAUGACACGCUCUACAAGCCAAUAUUCUCGCAGCCUGCAACGUAUAUUCGGUUCUCGUCAACCGUAGAGGACUGCAGUGGGUGUGGAUAUAACCUCGUGGAAGAAGAUGACGUCGCUUUGAAGAUAAUGAACCAGAAGCGGGACGCAUCAACACAAUGCACAGAAGACCAAUUCGAAGAGGUGAUGAGCUUCUUCGAGGAGACAGCGCAGGCAAAACAGCCAUUCGCUGCUGUCGAUAACCCCCCUGUAGUAUCGUAUCUGGAAAUGGAGGAAUGUUUUGAUGGAAUGAUACACGAGAAAUUAAGGCCGUUUGUAAGAGAAAUAUAUGAGAGCUGGAAAUCGAGGCGGACAGCAUCAGGAAAUAGGCCGCUCCAGCCGACUUUAAAGUUUGAAACCGGGCAAGAUACUGAUGACGGCGACCCAUAUGUUUGUUUCCGCCGUAGAGAAGUCCGACUAGCUCGAAAAACUCGAGGUCGGGAUGCACAGAGCGCCGAGAAACUUAGGCGCCUGAGAAAAGAGUUAGAAGAUGCCCGACAAUUAAUAGCAAUGGUGCAGCAACGUGAACUUGGGCGAAAAGAAGCGUUGGCAACUGAAAGGCAACUGUUCCUGCAACGCAGCGAGGUAAAGGAGAUGAAACGGAAACUUGGCAUCAAGGACGAUGAUGAGGAUCUCAUCAAUCAAAAGCCAAAGAAGAAGCCCACAGAAGUUCCUGUUAUCCAGCGGCCAAGUGUUCCACAGCUGCGUGUCCCUUCGCGCACCGCUGGCCAACUUGGCGAAGACCUGCAGCUGCUUGAAGAUGUUCAAGCAGAUAAGGAGAAUGAUAUUCUGCGAGAAAUUAAACAGAAUGUUGCAAAGCAUGCCAAGUGGAACGAAGGUUAUGUAGAUAUCACUCGGGCGCCACUUACUCCAACCACACCGCAAGGAUUCGAAGCUGAAUUCCGACCGGCAAUAACGCAUGAGUAUUUGCCCACACCUCCAACCUCCGAGAGCUCUGAACGUAUGCGGGAUGUUCAUGGCAUUCUGCCACUAGAAACCCAAUGGUCAGCGCUUCGACAGUCAAGCCCAUCAGAAGAUGAUUCGAAUAGGCCCACACCGUCUUUCCGUCGGCGUGUAGGCCGUGGUGGCCGUGUCCUUAUUGACCGCAGAAACCUUGCACUCCGUAAUAAGGAUGGUGUUGAUCCCAUAAAACUCGAUAGGUUCAAGUAUGAUCGUGACGAUGAUGAUAUGGAUAUCGUGUAUGAAAAGGAUGAAUUUGAUAUCCAAAUCAUGCAGCAUCGUGCGUAUCUGUCGGCCAAGGCGAGAGAUCAGGCCAUAAGUCAAGCUCAGCUGCAAGCCCAGGCACAGUCCCAUAGUCAACAAGCCCCGAACGGUAGGCGGCUACCGGGUGCGUCUCCCGCGCCUGGCCACAAUAACGUUAAUCCCAACUCAUCAAAUAUAGCAGCACAGAAAAGUUCUCACACUGUGUCUUAA